UUCUCCCGUGCCUUUACUAUUUAUAUUUAAUAAUUAUAAUUUUAUAAUUUUAGUCAGGGUAGGCAGUGCCAACCUUGCCUACCUUGACAGCACGUGUCUGACACCAUCCAAGGAUCCAAGCAGUCUCUCCAAGUGAGGCAGAGGUUCACCUGUACCUCCACCAACCUCAUCUAUUGCAUCUGCUGCUCUAGGUGUCAGCUGCUCUACAUCGGUGAGACCAAGUGCUGGCUUCGCAAUCGCUUCGUCCAACACCUCUGCACAGUUCACAUUAACCAGUCCGAUCUCCCGGUGGCUCAGCCCUUCAACUCCCUCUCCCAUUCCGAAUCUGACCUUUCUGUCCUGGGCCUCCUCCGUUGCCAGAGUGAGUCCCACCGUGCAAAUUGGAGGAGCAGCACCUCAUAUUUUGCUUGGGUAGUUUACACCCCAGCGGUAUGAACAUUGACUUCUCCAAUUUCAGGCAGUCCUUGCUUUCUUCCCCUUCCCAGCUCUCCCACAGCCAACUGACUGUCUACUGUCUCCCACCCCCACCCUCCAUCAGUCUGAAGGGUGGUUUCGACCCAGAAACGCCACCUAUUCCUUCGCUCCAUAGAUGCUGCCUCACUCGCUGAGUUUCUCCAGCAUUUUUGUCUACCUUUGGCCAUACCGCGUUGCGUGGCAACAGGACUGCCGUGCAACCACCCUAUAGUGACAGGUGUGAUGCCUUCUCUUGCAAAGAUCAUAUAUCUAGAGUCUAGAGUCUAGAGUCAUAUGAUCCUUGAUCUCUAGACUUUCUCUGAUCUCCAUCAUGCCUGUAUAUGUCGCCUGUUCCAAUCGGAAUCACCAACUCCUGUUAACAUCAUUGGCCACGGUACUGGAACUUCUACAAAGUCAUUAAUUUUUCAUUCGUGCAUUACUUUUAACGGUAUAGGUAAACAUACCUUUUUGAUGAUGGCCCCUCCCAAAUAUUGAACGCCUUUGUCACGAGUUGCAAGUACUGGGUUAUUAUUGUAUUUGAAAUAAUUCCUAUUUGAUUUUUAUCUUAUUUUGUUUUAAGAAAAUCUGUCGAACAGUGAAUCAGAACAGAAAAUACUGUAAUAAUUACGUUACCAUUUGUGAGGGCGGAAAAUAAACUUUUCACUGGUUCUGUUUUUUUCUGCUCUUACCUCUGAUUUUCAGUACGCACAAUAUUUUGCUUUUGGUUUCCUGGCGUUGGGCUUUUGCAGACAUAAUAAAGAGCAACGGGAGUCGGUUAUUUUGUCCCUCGAGUAUUUUCUUUUACAUCGGCGCUUUUUCUUCAGAUUCCCCCCAAAACUAAAAAAAAUGUAUACAUCAUUUGAAUGCUGCUCUAAUUGUACUGUGAUUAUACAUGACUGUCUUGUCCUUCAUGCAGCUUCGUGGUGGUGACUUAAUAAGGAAGCAGCGUGAUUCCAUUUGGUCUUGCGGUAGUUCCUGGGCUUUGCUCGGGCUUAAAAACGUGGUCACGAUGCUCCCGCCAUCGGGAAUAAUCUCGUCGGCCAGCAUUGAGCAGAUGGGAGAGUCACAAUGCACCGCGUUGACAGUACCAUGCCUGAUUUGUGACAAGUUGCUGCGGGCGCAGAGUGUCCGUCACCACCGCAUCCUGCACCGCACCCUCACUGCGCUGCAGUACCACGAAGGCAAGGUGCCCGUCAGCCUGCUCUCCCUGCGGCUCCGCCGGCGGGGCAUCGUCUCCAAGAGGGCGCGAUCCAAGAAAUGGAACCGGCUGGAGCUGGAGAAGAUCGAUUUCGCCUACGAGAUGGUGAAGUCUCAUAGGUUGUCGACCUGGCCGUUUCUGCGUGAGUUGCCCAUCGUGUGCACGGAUGACCGCAAGCUGCAGUUCAGAAUGCCCUGGACACCCAGCAUCAAACUCCUUGGGGUCUCUCAGGACAUGAACCCGAUGUGGAAAUCUCAGAUGGAGGACGUCUAUGUGUUUGUGGACAGUUACGGCGGCCAGAGCGACAGGUGGUUCAUCGGCCUCUUCGACGGCUUCCAAGGGUCUUCUGCAGCGCAGUUUGCGUCCAAAGAUCUCCCCCUCCUGAUCCUGCAGCAACUCAACAUGGCCGGGUAUCCCUAUAAAUUGACCGAAGAAGAACACGCCUAUCUCUCCGGAUACAAUCUGCACUUCCCCGAAAGCGCUGAAGAGAAAUUGCUCAUUGCGCGGACUUAUUCAGCGGCGGCAAGAAGCAAAGGAUCCAAAGACAAGCUUUAUGGACCGAUUCACAUGGCAUUCGCCAAAGCUUUCUGGAAAAUGGACAGAAUAUUGCGGCUAGGGCGAAAUGAAAGGUCUAAGGUCCGGUGGAGCGGCUGUACAGCUACCACUUGCCUAUUCGAACCUUCUGCCUCCAAAACCCAGGGCACAACUGGAGCGACCGAGGGCAACGUUGACGAUGGGUCGGAGAGAGAUUCAGAUGUGAUCGGGACGCUGCACAUUGCCAAUGCAGGUGACGUGCAUGUAAUCUUAUGUAAAAAUGGAAAAGGUUACCGUUUGACUGGAAACCAUAGCACUUCAAACCGUAAAGAGCGUAAACGUAUCCGUCAGACUGGUGGAACAAUCAGCAAAAAUGAACAACAUGGCCUUGUCGAAGGAAUCACCCAGUCAACACGAGGACUUGGAUACCACGGAGACCCCAUACUUAAAACAUCCAUUGUACCAAUACCAUAUACCAUCUCUAUGCCUAUAGAUUCCUCAUGCCAGUUUCUUGUUUUGGCUUCAAGUGGAUUUUGGAAAGCACUCAAUAAGGAUGAAGCAGUUUCAAUUGUAUUGCAAAUGCUUUCAGUAUAUAGUGAAUCUUUUCACAGAAGCAUUGUAGACAUUGAUACAUCAAAUGCCAUAUUUCAAAGUGAGCAAAAAAUUGAUUUGGGGACCUCCAUCCUACAUUUGCUUGAUGAGUUUAAUCAGCUAGGGCAUGAUAAUGCCGUAAUAUACACUGAACGUUUAUUUGAGGAGCUUUUAGUUGACAAUAAAGCAAUUAAAAGGGAACAUGUUGAAUAUUUACUCAAAGAACACUCAGUCAGGGAUGUUAAUAAUAGUGUUUGGCAAACCAUAGAUCGUCUACUUGUGGAUGUUGAAUUGAAUGAGGAAUCCAACUACCGCCUUGACAGUGUAAAUUAUGACUUUCCAUUAUUGUCCCAACAUAGUGAGAACAUAUCUAGGAAAAGUUUUUUUAGUAAUUCAAGUAUCAAACUCCAAACUCUGACUAAUUUUCCUGAGAAGUUUCGACCAGAAAUAGAAGUUAAAGACAAAGGUCCCAUUGAAAAGUUGCCCGUGGAACCAUUAACAUUAAAUGUUGACAGAACAUCAGAUGCUCAUUUUGCUGAGAAAUUUUCAUCCACUGAGGACAAAACAAAGCAAGAAUCAAGUCAUUUGCUAAUUGAAACAACUUUGCCAGAAACAAUUGUCAUUGAAGCACCAUACACUGAAGCUUAUACUAUGAAUCAGGGAACAGAACUUCAGUAUGAAACAAUAGCAAAAACCAUCAGUGAAAGAUUAGUCCAAACAGCUAUACUCGCUGGAGCUUGUGAUAACAUAACAGUUCUAAUAUUGUUGUUUCCAGGAUGUACAAAGACAUUUUCAUAGAAUAGCAAAAAUAAGCUUAAACAAUCUAGAAAUGUCUUUUUGUUAAACCAAAAUUUAGCUCUACCCUAUUAUAAAGCUGCUCACAACUGGAUACAUUUGUUAUUUUCAGAAUGACACACAAAAACUCUCUUCCAUCCAUAAUUUCAGUUUAUUCAGAAUCCGGAGAACAGCAGUAGCUAAGUUGGUAAAUAGAUUACCACUAUUUCUGGCAAAACUGGAGACGAUUGGGUCAUUCCAUCAUCAGUAUGCUUGAAGGCCGCACAUAUAUAGGCAUCCAGAAUUGAUUUUAACUUGUAAUCUUUAUUUCAUUAUCCUCCAUUCCGUUUUUAAGAAACCACUGUGCUUUAACUUGAAAUAGUGCUGUACUUUCAGUCAUGUACUAUUGCUGUUUUAAUGGAGAUAUUUUAAAUAGAUAUUGUACAUUGCUUGUUGUAAUGUUUAAAUACAGUUUGAUGAGUAAAUUGUCUUUUUGCUAUGAAGCAUAUUUUCAUUAUGUCCUAUUCUACCUUCAGAUCAUUUCCUGAUUAUAUAAUAUAUCAUUUGUAAUGAUACAGGCCCUAAAUAUAUAGCAGAUUCAAUCCAUAUACCACAAACUCAUCAUUCAUGUUGCCUCAUCUGCCAAGCAAUUCCAACAUGGUCCAGCUUCAUAUCUCAAUAUGUUUGAAUUAGGACAAAGAACCCAUCAUGAUUAGAUAUGCGUAGAACAGAAAGUACAGAUGUAAUUCAGUG